CAUAAUUAUUUUUUUGUUUGUUUUUAUUAAUGUACACCAUUACCAUUUUUGUGUGCCUCUUCUUCUUCUUCUUCUUCUACUGCUAAGCUUCAUUCCCAAAUGGAAAAUAGCAGGGAAAAAAAUUUAAGUAACCAACCCCUAGUCUUGCUAACUUAAGCCGGAGACGUUGCUGCUUUCCGGUUAGCCGCUUUUUUUUUUAAGCUUUUCAUCUUUCUCUUGCUUUUUGCUCUGUUUGUGUGUUGCUUCCCGGCGCACGCCUCAAUGCCCCGGCGAAAUCGCUUUGGAAUUAGCGAAAAUGCCCUCGUUCCUCGUUCCUCCAGUUCUUUGCCUUGCCUUGCAGUGCCGUGCCGUGCCGUGUGUGCUAUAUUGUGCUUUAUUAACCUCGGUCUUAGUUAAUUACUAAUUAAUUUGGCCUGUGAAGUGCUAUCGUGCGCCGAGAGAGGUGCAACGCUUGACCGGCUCUUUCAUGAUCGCCGGUGUGUUUUGUAGUUGGUCGGGAUGGUUGAUAUCGAAAUGACGGGAAUAUCCUUCUCUCUUUGACGGAAAUGUAUUUGUCACAUUGUAAUUUUCGGAGAACUGCGGGACUGAGUUUCUGUGAGGAUGAAACUGGCGUAUACAAGAACCUUCUACAGGAAAUUGCACAAAGGGUUGGUGCUCCAUUGCCACAGUACACAACGUUCAGGUCUGGCCUGGGUCACCAACCUGUUUUUACAGGGACAGUGGAGUUGGCUGGAAUUACAUUCUCAGGAGAACCUGCCAAGAAUAAGAAACAGGCUGAAAAGAAUGCAGCAAUGGCAGCUUGGUCAUCGCUAAAGCAAUUGGCAAAAGAAGAUGCAAGUUCUUCAUCUGAACCAGACAACAGUGAUGAGCUAGAACAAAUCACAAUUGCACGUGCCCUGUUGAAUUACCGUCUGAAGGAAAAGAUAGCAAUAGUAAACUCUGCCAACUCACCAGUACCAUUUUCAAAGAAGUUUCAAAUCCAGAGCCCUAGGCCAACAAGUCCACAGCCUGCCCCAGCUACCUCAUCUAAAAUCCUCCCCUUUAUUUGCCCAAAGAUAGCUUCUCGAAAUAGGCCUACUCCAACCACUGCAGUUGACAGACCUAUGCCAGCCAGACCCACACCAGCCAUGACAAAUGACAGAAGUGUGCCUCCACAACAAUCACCUCUUCCAGAACUCUGGGCAACUCACCCUCAGAAAUUCCCUGCAGCAGGAGCAGCUCCAUAUGUCCCUAUCCGACAAUUUGGGGCGCAUUGCCAUGGCAUGGCUCAACCAGUGAGAAUAAGAAAUGUAGUGCCUGUUUUUGCUGCACCUCAACGUCAACCUCCAUCAAUCUCCCAUCAGGUGAUGCGAGGACUACCUCAACAACCUCCACCUGUUACCAUUAGGCCAACUUCACUAGUAUAUGCUGCUCCACCACCAGUUCGGAAAGAUACUAUGUAUGUUGGAAAAGAUCAUCCAGCUGCUCAGAAAGAAGAUUCUCUAGGUGUUCAAAAAGAUUAUCUGCCUGUUCAGAAAGAAGAACCUCAGGCUAUUCUAAAAGAUCUUUCACCUGUUCCGAAAGAAGAAUCUCAUGCUGUUCAAAAGGAAGAUCCUUUAAACAUUAUAAACGAAGAUCAUUCAACUGCUAUUGCUACUGCCAAGCCAAAUAAUUCACCAGGUCAAGUGGAGGAAACUGGGAGCCCAGAGUUGAAACGAUUUGAGACGGUACAAAGGAUGGAACAACUCAAAAUCUGAUCGUUGCAGAGAAAAAGUUGGACCCAUGGGAGACAAUUGAAUGGUGUUUAUGCUUGUCUCACUUUGUUGUAGUAUCUUCUCUCAUCUUAUCAUAUGAGUGUUUUUAUCUCCCUUCUUGCAUUUUACUGUUCUCCAUUUUGUUAUCGUAGAAGCCACAGUUGUAGCAGGUUAAAUUAAUAUGCGCAGUGCCAUAUAUUUGGAAUUCAAGAUUUUGCUUAUAUUAGUAGGUACAUGGCCAUAUGGUGGUAUAGAAUAGAAUGAUGUUGGUAAUGUUUUCAGUCUCAGUUCAGGGCCUUGUAAUGAUUUUUUUUUUCUGUUAGGAAAUUAUCCUGAAAUUCUUUUAA